AUGGCAGAAAACCAGCAGAAGCUGCAGAGCUUGUCAAACGAGUAUCAGCAACUGCAAGACGAUCUCCAAACCACCAUAGCAGCCCGCCAAAAGCUCGAGUCACAACAGGAAGAGAAUCGCGCCGUGCAGAAAGAAUUCAAGACUCUAUCUAAUGACUCAAAUAUCUACAAGCUCGUUGGCCCAGUGCUGCUGAAACAAGAUCGCGACGAUGCUAAGCGGACGGUGGAUGGCAGGCUGGAGUUCAUCGGGAAGGAGAUCAAGAGGGUUGAAGCUACGAUUAAGGAGCUGCAGGAGAAGGGCGAGAAGAUGAGGGGUGAACUGGCUGCAUUGCAGCAGAAGGUUCAGAUGGAACAGCAGAGUGGUGCUGGGAAAGGAGCUUGA